GUUGUGAUGCGCACGUCUAUUCCUUGUCGCACAUUAGAUGGAAGAAAAACACCGAGAAAAUUUGAAAUUAUGACUGUAGUUAGUGAAAAUUCUGACGAAAAUCAACAACAAAUGGAAAAUGGGGAUCGCAGUCAGCAGGUUCUUCCUACUAAACGUGAGAAGAAAAUUUCGACUGUUAGUAGAGUUUCAAAAAAGAGCAUUCAGCAGAAAAUUUAUAAGAAAGGAAAGGUGAAAUUUGACAAAUCCACCAAAUCUUACACCAAAAGUACACCUAGACUUGUAGAACGUAGUGGCAGUUGUAACAUAGUGUCAAGGACUAUCAAUGGAAAACAAACAUCCAUCUUCACGGAUUUUUUCACAACUCUGAUUGAAACUAAAUGGAGACUUGUUCUUCCUGUUUUUGGUAUGAGUGUUAUUAUUUCUUGGAUUGCUUAUGCUGGAAUAUUUUACGGGAUAUCAUCAGCUCAUGGUGAUUUUAGAGAAGACUUAGUUGCUGGUCAUAAAAACUGUAUUGCUAAUGCCCAAGACUUUUUCGCUAUCUUAUUGUUUUCUAUGGAAACCCAAACCACGAUUGGAUACGGUUCAAGGUAUGUAACUGAUGAUUGUCCGGGGACUAUAUUUUUUAUUAUGCUACAGUCAAUAUGGGGUGCAUUAUUACAGGCACUUUUAACAGGAUUAGUAAUCGCAAAAAUUCAGAAACCAUCAAAACGAGGAAAUACUAUUUUAUUUAGUAAAUAUAUUUGUAUUUCUCAGGAACACGAUGGAAAAUACCUGUCUAUUCGAAUAGCCGACCUUCAAAAGUCUAAUAUGAUUGAAACAAGCACCCGUGCUGUUUGUGUAGUGAGUACUCUGACGACGGAUGGCGAUUUUAUAUCACACUUCCGACAUGAUAUGGAGUUUAAACUGGACAAAAAGUACAGUAGGAUACAGCUACAGUGGCCAGUAGUGCUUACACACCGCCUACAACCACAUAGUCCAUUAUACAAUAUGGAUGAAGACGAUUUGAGAAAUUCUGACCUUGAACUCAUUAUUUUAAUGGAUGGUAUAAUAGAAUCAACUGGAAUGACCGUUCAGACAAGGACCUCUUAUAUACCAAGCGAAUUUCAAUGGCAGCAUAAAUUUAAGCCAAUGAUUGCAAAUAUAAAUUCAUCGGGAGUUUGUGAAUUUACUUUGAAACUUUUUCAUGAAACAGAAGAAAUUGUGGAAGAAAUUAGCUAUGAGCCAUAUCAUAAACUAAGAAGAAUAAAUAAAAGUCAGUCUUCGAAAUGUUCCGAUUAUGGAAGGACCGAGUCUGGGUUUAGUGAAGGUAUAGAUACUGAUGUAUCUUCAUGUUGUAGUGAUUUUUCAGUAUUUGAUGCAAAAUAUAUUUGACUAUACAUAUUUCUUGUGACGUUUUCAAAUAAAAAAAGUAAUAAAUCA